CAUGGAAUUUUCUGGUUAUUUCUGAAAUUAUGGAUUUCGAUCGUGAAUUUGGGAUUUCGAUUGUGAAUUACGGAUUUUGAUUGUGAAUCCUGAAUGGUUUUGUCUCUGAUAUAGUCAUGAUUUCCGAUCCCCGCUAGUGGGUGUGUAGCACAUCUGAUCCCCGCUAGUGGGUGUAACGUUAGCACUUCCGAUCCCCGCUAGUGGGUGUGUAGCACAUCCGAUCCCCGCUAGUGGGUGUAACGCUAGCACUUCCGAUCCCUGCUAGUGGGUGUGUAGCACAUCCGAUCCUCGCUAGUGGGUGUGUAGCACAUCCGAUCCCCGCUAGUGGGUGUAACGCUAGCACUUUCGAUCCCCACUAGUGGGUGUGUAACACUUCCGAUCCCCGCUAGUGGGUGUAACGCUGGCACUCCUGAUCCCCGCUAGUGGGUGUAACACUAGCACAUGUCGACAUGUUUACUGAUGACCGGUUUAUUCUGACGCCUGCCACUGGGCGAAUACAUUGGCAAAUUUCUGUCGCCCGCCAGUGGGUUGUUAUAACACUGGCCAUGACUUAUAGAUGAGACUACUGAACUGAGUUUUCUUCAGCAUUAACGGUUUGUUAUGAGAUGUUUUGUUAUUGAACUGAAUCUGAUUCUGCAGUAACGGUUUUGUCAUUGAACGUUUUGCUAUUGAACUAAACUUGAUUUCCGCAUUAACGGUUUAUCAGUGAAAGUUUUGCUAUGUUUACAUGGUUUAUCUGGCAUGUUAAAAGUUUUACCCAAGGGUUAUCCAUAUUUACUUAUUGAGUUAUCUCAUAGUUUUCCUUGUCCACCAUUUCAGGAAGCGAAACCGAGGACGGGGAAAACCAAGGGGAGUGACGAGUUAUAAGGCUAGCCAUCUUGUAAAGUGAAUAUAGAUUUGAGAUGUAGAUCGUGAUCUUAAGAGUUAGAGUGUAUGUGGAGAUUUUUGAUAUCAGAGCAGACUGUAAAGAUUUUAUCUUGAGAUUUUGUGGUAUCCGAUUGUGAUUUGAAUAAGUUCCGAGCCUUGUGCACUUGUGGGACCCGUCUCACGAGUGCACGGCGUCUGUCGCGUCUCGGAUUUGGGUUCUGGGGCGUGACACUUAUUU